AUGGCGUCUAUAGAUUGGCAUUCCUUCGUGAUCGUCCAUUUCCGGAGGGUUUUUUUAGGUGCGACAAUACUUUUCUACAACUUCCUAACUUUUGUAAGCUUGUUCAGCUCUUCAUGUCUUUCUCCAGGUUCAUAUGUUCUCCAGGUUCAUAUGCUCUCCAGGUUCAUAUGUUCUCCAAGGGUUCAUAUGUUCUCCAGGUUCAUAUGUUCUCCAGGUUCAUAUGUUCUCCAGGUUCAUAUGUUCUCCAGGUUCAUAUGUUCUCCAGGUUCAUAUGCUCUCCAGGUUCAUAUGUUCUCCAGGUUCAUAUGUUCUCCAGGUUCAUAUGCUCUCCAGGUUCAUAUGUUCUCCAAGGGUUCAUAUGUUCUCCAGGCUCAUAUGUUCUCCAGUUAUUCUGAAAUCUUUGACGUACUUUCAAGCAAGGAUGACGUCGACCAGGGAUUGCCCGGCAAACAACAACUUCGGCACAAGAUGGCAGGCCAGCAGACGAACGAAGAGGCAGAUCGCCGGCAGCACAAUUAA